AUGGAGGCGGCCUCGCCGGCGGGACCCGCUGCCCCGCAGCCGCGCGCCCCGGGGGCAGCGGGGGGGCUGGGCAGCUUGCUGCGCGGGCUCAAAGGCCAGCUCUUCACCUGGGGGGGCGGCGCGGAGGCGGCGGCCGCGCGGACUCGGGGGCCGGUCCGGGUCCCGGCGGCUCGGCACGUGCGGCCGGGACGCGGCCGCCCACCUGGCUUUGUGAAGCGCCGCGCGCUCCUCCCUCGGCGCCCUCUUGGAAAUCGUGGGCUUGCGUGUGAGACGAUUUGGGGGAAGUCGGCCGCGUGGGCGCGGCUGGGUCGCUCCCCGGUGCCCAGCCCCCUCCCCUGCGCGGCGGGCCGGGGCCGGACGCCCCGGGGAUGUUGCGAAGGAGGGGUGUCCAGCCUCCGGCGCGGCAGGAACAUCUUGAAGACAGUUGCAUUGGGUCAGAUGUUGUCCUUGUGUAUAUGCGGGACGGCCAUUACCAGCCAGUACCUGGCAGAAAGAUACAGAGUGAACACGCCCAUGCUUCAGAGCUUUAUCAACUAUUGCCUGCUGCUUCUUUUUUAUACGGUGAUGCUGGCAUUCCAGUCAGGUAGUGAUAACCUUCUGCACAUCUUGAAGAGAAAAUGGUGGAGGUACGUCCUGCUCGGACUAGCGGACGUGGAAGCCAAUUACCUGAUUGUCAGAGCGUACCAGUAUACGACUCUAACCAGCGUCCAGCUUUUGGACUGCUUUGGGAUUCCUGUGUUGAUGGCGCUCUCGUGGUUUGUUCUCUAUGCAAGAUACAGAGUGAUCCACUUGAUUGCCGUAGCUGUCUGUCUGCUGGGCGUGGGGACGAUGGUCGGUGCCGACAUACUCGCAGGGAGAGAAGACAAUUCAGGUAGUGACGUGCUGAUUGGUGACAUCUUGGUCCUUCUCGGAGCUUCUCUCUAUGCUGUUUCUAACGUGUGUGAAGAGUAUAUCGUGAAGAAGCUGAGCAGGCAGGAGUUUUUAGGAAUGGUGGGCCUAUUCGGAACCAUUAUCAGCGGCAUACAGCUAUCGAUCGUUGAAUGCAAGGAUAUUGCCAGCAUUCAGUGGGACUGGAAAAUCGCCCUGCUGUUUGUGGCGUUUGCCCUCUGUAUGUUUUGCCUGUACAGCUUUAUGCCGCUGGUGAUUCAGGUCACUAGUGCCACCUCUGUGAACUUGGGCAUCCUGACAGCCGACCUCUACAGUCUUUUCUUUGGACUCUUUCUGUUUGGCUAUAAGUUUUCGGGGCUCUACCUCCUGUCCUUCACCGUCAUCAUGGUGGGGUUCGUCCUCUACUGCUCCACCCCCACGCGCACAGCCGAGCCGGCAGAGAGCAGCGUGCCGCCCAUCACCAGCAUCGGAAUCGACAACCUCGGACUGAAGCUCGAGGAGAACCUGCAGGAGACCCCCUCGGCCGCCUUGUAGCUGGGCAAGAAGGGGCACACACGCCUGAGGCUUCCUGGGAAGCCGGGGGCCGUCGCCGGGGGCAAGCAGAGCCCGCUGAGCACCGAGGGGACACUUGGAAAACUGGUAGGUGGGGAGUGAGCCCCGUAGCAUUGGACUGGAUCCGGUGGUUAAAUUUUACAAAGGAAUACAAAAUAAUGUAUCAAAAGUAGAAAUAUGAAGACAGGGUGGCUGGGAUCGUGUCUCUGUUUGAGAACCAAUAUCUGUUAGCGUCAGGGAGACAAGCUGUGCCCCCGUACUGGGGUCUUGGAGGCACAGGUGGGAGAGCAUUGAGGGGAGACAGCCAGGCACGAUCCAGCCUCAGGACAGGGCCUGAAAGUGGGCUGUCCAGCUGGGCUGGGCAAUCAGAAGUUGGGGGAGUCGGUGUGGUUUGGGGUAGGUUUCCACAGUUAGAGGCUUCUGGGUUUUGUCUCGUUUGAGACACUCGUUGUCCACAAGCCUUGUGGCCUUUAUACCACAGUGAGGUCUGGUGAUUGCAUAUGGCGGCAUGGGUGGGGUAGCCCUUGAGAAAUCCCGAGAUACAAGUGUGAGUAUCGUAGAUGUAGGAAAGAAGGGUCUGUACAGUAGACUGAGGAACCCUCUCUCCGUUGUUCAAAGAGGAUGCCACACUACUUCUCACCAAGUGUUUGUAAUGUGCCAUGAGACAUCAACUACCACUAUGCCACUUUACAACAACUCUGUAUGUAAACUUUUUUCUAAUGUAAUAAAGAAAUUGAGGGUAAAUGUUCAUGUUAUUAAAAGAUUUUGAUUUCAUGGAAAUACA